AUGGCGGCCGUGGACCCCUUCGACUCGGCCCUCGACCUCCUCCGCCGUCUCAACCCCAAACACACAACUUCUCACCUCAACAACAUUAUCGCCCUCGCCCCUGACUUAGCUGAGGACCUCCUAUCCUCCGUGGACCAGCCCCUCACCAUCCGCCGUUGCAAGCAAACCGGCCGUGACUACCUCCUCUGCGACUACAACCGUGAUGGUGACAGCUACCGCUCCCCGUGGAGCAAUCAGUUCGACCCGCCGCUGGACGACGCGCCCUCAGUGGGGGGCGUCGGCCCCGGGGGUACCAAUGAGGGCGCUGGGGAAGGGGCUGUUCCCGGAGAGAGGGUUCGGAGGAUGGAGAUUAAGAUGAAUGAGGCAUUUGAUGUGUAUCGGGAGUUGUAUUACGAGGGAGGCGUGUCGUCGGUUUAUUUGUGGAAUUUGGACGACGGAUUUGCGGGCGUGGUGUUGUUGAAGAAGACCUCCACCCCAGGCGACGCCACCUCCUCUGGAGUCUGGGACUCCAUCCACGUGUUUGAAGCCUCCGAGCGCGGCCGCACAUCCAACUACCGGCUGACCUCGACGGUCAUCCUGUCCCUGGCCACGAAAGGCUCCUCGCUAGGCGAGCUGGAUCUGUCCGGCAACAUGACGCGUCAAGUGGAGCAGGACCUGCCCGUGGACAACGACGACAGCCACAUUGCCAACAUCGGUCGGCUUGUGGAGGACAUGGAGCUCAAGAUGCGGAACCUGCUGCAGGAGGUGUACUUUGGUAAGGCUAAGGAUGUGGUCGGUGACCUGCGCAGCAUUGGCAGUCUGAGUGAGACGCUGCGUGACCGGGAGACGCAGCGCGAGCUGAUUGGGAGCAUGAGGAGGUAG